GUUUUUCUUUAGUAAGAAUAUGUACGUCAAGUCACGCACGACGUAGAACUAAAAUUAUUUACCAUAAUAAUCGUUUGAAAACUCACAGCAGAUAACAACGCCAGAGUAAAGCAUUUGUGUAAACGCAACAUUGAUAGUUAAGUCAGUGAAGCAAGCGAUACGAAAAUGAAAACUCUCUGGAAAAUAAUAUUAAGAAAAGGAAGCAAAAUGGAAGUGUCUGAAGAAAGUAAUGAUGAAAAUACGCGAGAAAAAGAUUACGUUGUAAAGAGCAUGGGAUCUUUUGGAGUGUAUCAAGCUGUAGUCUGUAUAGUGGCUGGUGUUGCGAGAUUUAUACCGAUAUGGAAUUUAUUAUCAAUCAUAUUCAUAACACCUACUACUGAAUUUAUUUGCAAGGAGUUUAAAAAUAACGUGACAAAAGAAGUUGAUCAUUCGAUAUGUUAUGAAGAUUGUGUAGAAUAUGAAUAUGAUGAAAUGGUAUUUAAGAGAAGUGUGGUGUCCAGUUAUGGGUUGGUUUGUGAAAAGGCCUGGAUGAACAAUUUUAUAAAUACUGUGAUGAUAUUGGGUGUGCUAAUCGGAUCCUUAUUAUAUGGCUGGGUUUCGGACAGACAUGGACGUCGCAAUGCCUUUCGGUUAUCAACAUUUUUCAGUAUCAACUUCAUGUUUGUAAUUCUCUUCUCUCCCAAUAUUUGGACCUUCACAGUCUUUCGAGCAAUAAUUGGCACCACUUCCGGAGGUAUUUUAGUCAUCAGUAUAGUUUACAUUAUGGAAGUCAUUGGAUCUAAAUAUAGAGAAAGUGCUGUAUGUUGGAUAAUAUCAUCUGAUAGUAUAGCUGCAGCGUUGCUUUCUGUUUUCGCAUAUUACACUACUACAUGGGAUAUAUUUCUCUUUUACUGCGAAAUAGCAUCGAUAUUUAUUUUUGCUCUCGUUCUGGGGCUGCCAGAAACACCACAAUGGUUAGUAACCAAUGCGAAAACAGAUAAAGCUAUUCAAAUUGUAGCUAGUGCAGCUAAAUGGAACAAACUGGAGACUAUAGACAUAAAAGAAAAUAUUAAAAAAUAUGUCGAAGAGUUUAACAUAGAAGAAAAGAAAAUGGAAACUAAUUAUAUACAUCUCUUCAGAAAUAGAGAUCUUACUUUUAAAACUAUCUGUAUAUUCUUACUAUUUACUCAAGCUGGAAUUGCGUCAUGUGGUUUGAAUGACUAUGUUCAGUUUGUAGAGCCAGAUAUUUAUAUGUCUUUGGUAAUACAUGGUUUGAUGCAAGUAUUAAUCAGUAUUUUAGCUGUCGUCUCCAACAACAUCUCAACCAGGAAAACUCUCAUCGUGAUUCUCCUGUUUACUACCAGUUUAUCCAUGGCAUCAGCGACCAUCUUACCUGAGGAUUAUUGGAUAACUGCAAUCUGUAGCACUAUAGGAUGGAGUGCCACCAUUAUUUUAUUGGCAGUUCUCUUUAUGUACACCGUUGAAUUAUAUCCAACUUCAUUAAGAAAUAUGGCGGUUGGUCUAGGUACGUCAGGAUUGCUAUUAGGAGCUCUCGUGACGUCGUCUAUAGCUGGAGUAACGCCGCCAUGGGUGGCACCAUUCAUUUCAACAGCAUUGUCAAGUUUGGCUGCAUUUUUUUGUGUAUUCCUUCCUGAAACAAAAGGAUAUGUUUUGAAAAAUACAGUUGAUUGGUGAAAUAAUUUCGUUUUAAUUGAAAAGUAAAAUCAAGACUGUUAAUGAAAUGUGAGACGUGAGCAUGUUUAAGACAUUG